ACCUUCUUGUUGGAUCUGUUCCUGUAGUAGCCAUGUGCUCAGGUCCUUGCCCAUCUGUUUCUUUAUGCAUAUGAAUCAGAACUUCUGCUCGGAUUGGCAAAAUAAAAAACACAGGAAUUUAGUCAAGAAUUUUUACUUUAGAUUCCUGUAUAUCAAUGAUCUGAAAUUGUUCAAUAAUGUAAGUAGCCAUUCCCUUCCACUGAACUGGAAAUAAAAGAGACUAGUACAUCUGUUUUAUAUUUUGGUCUAUGCAUAAGGAUUCAGAGUGACAGUAAAGUAUACACAAGGCUAGAACAAAUAGGAUGACGUCAACUUUCUAGUACUCAACUAUGCUUUUAUGUCUGACCAUUUUCAAACAGCUACAGCCUUUUAAGGUACAACUGAGCGUGCUCUUUCUACAAAGUUUUUCAAAGAGUGCCAUACAACUCUUGCUUCAAACUUGUUUGAUCAAGGCUACAAUAUUCAAGGCCUCAGCAAGCUUUCAAAACAUUUCAUGGUAGACAUGUGGAAGCCAUUUCCAACUUUAAUGCAUUAAUGACCAAAUUGAUGUCCCAUGCAAUUCCUUUUUUUGACUUGUACCAUAUGUUCCCAUAUUUAUUUAGGUGUCACGAGUCUUGCCUUUGCAUGUGUUUGUGAUUGGUGUCAUAAGUGGGAAAUGACACCCUCACCUUUCUUUGAACACCCUGUAUUGACAGUUGUUCAUAAAAACAUGCUUGUGAUAUGGUGAAACUCGUAAAAAAGACUUCCCUUUAAGCAGAAAUUUCACAUGAUAAUAGAAAGGGAUUUGUUGAUUUAUUUUUUUUAUGUUUAUGAAAAUGUUUUUUCCACUUUUAUUCCCACACACAGUAUUUUUAUCUGAAAGUGCAUGGUGGUAAGUCAUGAGGAAAUUGUGGUGCCCCUGUUGUCACAAGUACAAUUUAAACACGUUCCAAAUUAACUUGUGCUUUUAACUAAAACGAAAUGUUAUUAGUGUUGCUAUAUCUGCUUAUAUUUGCUUAACUACUUACUUCAUUACAUAACAAGACGUGUAUUCCCUAUAUAUUUUGCAUACUUUUAUUAUUGUUUCAGAUGCAGCAAAAAAUGCUUCAGUACUUGAUAUCAGCUUUGACAUUAACAAGACUGAAAGAUACACGGAGGAUAUACUCGGGGAGUAUGCGACUGUUCAAGUGCAAGGUUGAAAAGAAGCUGGAACUUUUAACGCAAAAGAACAUGAUAGCUGCCACAGAUUACCUGAUGUAUGUUGGGGUAAAGGAAGCUAUAAUUCAUAUUCUGAUGGAUGUGCUGAAUAAACCCUAUGAAGAAGUCAACCAUGAAUGUAAAUCAACAGAAUUUGAUGCCAGUCAAGUUCCAGGGAGGGGUGUCCACAUCACUGUGGAUGACGAAUAAUGAUGGCUUGGUUCACACAGGGAGGAUUAAAAUGCCUCUGUUAUACAGGAUGACUGACUUGCUGGAUGUGUUGUGAUGAUUGUGCUUGCACACUGAUAUCAACACCCACAUAUAUUAUCUUUACAAGAAAAGUAAUUUGAUGUACAUGAACCACAGUGACAUGUCAUUUUGUAACAUUAGUAUUUCUUUGUAUGACAAUGUGUGAAUUUAUUAGGGCUGCAACGGGUAACUCGGGUACCUGGGUCGGGUGGGUACUGAGUAGGACCCGGGUACCCACAGGACUGCCUGGACCCAUGGUUAGUCAUGUGAUAUAUUGUUUAAUGACAAAAAUUAUCUCGAACUCUAUGCUUACACUAAAAGUCACUCAUGUUCGCAUGUUCUGACUAUGCACCCAUUCCUUCUGACUUAGGCUCUCCUUUUGGCCACUGAUAGUAAAUCCCAUUUCUAAGUUGAGAGCAGAAUAUGAAUGCUAUGGGUCAAUAUUUCUAAUUUUAAGAGAUUUUUUACUAUAU